UCUCCUUGAACACCAUUGUUGGGUGUUGAAUGUGAAGCGAGGUGUUUUUCUCCUCCUCCAAACCUGUGAUGAAGCCGUGUUCCAAUGAAAGCAGGUGGAAUUCCCCCUUUCAACCAAUGGCGCUCUGCCCUCACAACAAUCCUUUCGAAAAGGAUGUGUGGGCUCGGUUAUGGCGCUGGCGUGAAGUUGUUGGAAACGGACAAGCCCAGGAAGCAGGAUUUUGGCACUACUACACCACCUAAAGCUUAGGGCUGCCCGCUUGAAUGGGAACAAGUGAGCAGACCAUUAAUAUUUGCUCAAACGUACACCUUGGGAGCCACUUCGGCGACGUCGGAUUGAAGAUAGUGAUUUCUACAAAAGUUGCUCUGUCAAAAGCGAGCACGCAUGAGAAAUAAGAGUAACCUCGGGCUAAAAAAGGCAUGGAUCGCAAGAGUUAGACUGAGUUCUGACUCCCCUUGAGCUGUUUGUGUUUUUAACUGAGGAGAAGGACUAAAACAGUCACCAUGCCUGCCAAAACAAAGUACAAUUUAGUCGAUGAUGGACACGAUUUGCGGAUUCCUUUACAUAACGAGGAAGCAUUCCAACAUGGGAUUAAUUUCGAAGCAAAGUAUAUCGGUAGUCUGGAUGUGGCUCGACCCAACAGCCGUGUGGAGAUUGUUGCGGCCAUGAGGCGGAUAAGGUAUGAAUUUAAAGUGAAGAAUAUCAAAAAGAAGAAAGUCAACAUCAUCGUGUCUGUGGACGGGGUGAAAGUAGCGCUGCGGAAAAAGAAAAAGAAAAAAGAAUGGACCUGGGAUGAAAGCAAGAUGAUGGUGAUGCAAGACCCAAUAUACAGGAUAUUCUACGUAUCACACGACUCUCAAGAUCUGAAGAUCUUCAGUUACAUAGCAAGAGAUGGACAGAGCAACGUGUUUCGAUGUAACGUCUUCAAAUCAAAGAAAAAGAGCCAAGCCAUGCGGAUAGUCCGGACGGUGGGUCAGGCUUUUGAGGUCUGUCAUAAACUUAGCCUGCAGCACACCCAGCAGAACGCAGAUGGCCAGGAAGAUGGUGACGCUGACCAGACAUGCACAGAUUCUGGAGUAACAGGGCGGGAGCUCACAGGGGCCGAAAAGCCGGCUGCAGAUGAGACGGACAUUGAUGCAGAGGAGCUUCCCCUCCCCGACAGCACAAUGGACGAGUUCAGUCGUGGAGUCACUGACCUGGAUGCGGCCAAGAAAGAGGAAGAUGUCACCAAGGACAAAAAGCCCUCUGAAGAGCCCAACAUCCUGCUGGCUUCCCCUAAGUUGCUGCUUCCUUCAGGCAGUCAGCUGCCGGCCAGCACUCCCCUGUCUGUGCACCACCAGCUCCAGCUGCUCCAGCAGCAGCUCACCCAACAGCAGCAGCAGACACAGGUGGCUGUGGCCCAGGUUCAUCUGCUGAAGGAUCAGCUCUCUGCAGAAGCUGCGGCGAGGAUUGAGGCCCAGGCUCGAGUUCAUCAGUUGCUGCUGCAGAAUAAAGACCUACUGCAGCAUAUUUCUCUCCUGGUCAAACAGGUUCAGGAGCUGGAGCUCAAGCUGGCUGGGAAUGGCUCUAUGGGAUCCCAAGACAGUCUCCUGGAAAUCACCUUCCGUGCCAACGUGCCCCCAGUCCUAUGCGACCCCACCACCCCCAGACCAGAGGACGCCAUCCUUCCUCCAUUCAACGAUGGGACACAGCUAUCCCUGCCGCUGGGCAGUCCAAUAGUGGACCAAAGCAUGUUUGAGAACUGCAACGCUGCGGAGCAGCCGAAGCUGAGCUUUCGUCAGGCAGGAAGCAGCACCUCCACAGACACAUCUGCAGGAUCAAAGACAGGAGGCAGCCAGCACCUAAAGAACGCCCUGAACUUGGGCAAAGCCAUGGGAGCCAAGGUAAACGACCUGCUCCGCCGAAAAGAUCCCAGCAGCCUCGGAGACAUCGGAGUCACAGAGGUGAAUAAGAAUGUAGAGCCAGUGUGGUCCAGCCUGGCUGAGAUGGGCCACAGUACAGCAAGAAACAGUCACAUCUCCCUGGAUUCCUUCCCUCGGCUAGAUCCCCCACCUCCCACCGGCAAAAAGCGUCUCCCACGGGCCCUGAAGACCACCCAGGACAUGAUGAUAUCCUCUGACCCCGUGGUAGCCUCCCCAGAAUCCUCCUUCGUCUCCACACCUGACAAGAUCUCCAAAGAUAAAGCUGAGCUUCAGCCUGAAGAGUCCAGUCUUGAGAAACCUUCAGGACCCGGCGACCGUUUCGACAGCCAGAUGGAGAAGACUCCCAGUUUAGAACUGAAAAACGAGCCCACAGCUGUGGUGACGGAUGAGAAAGUUUCGGAGGAUGUCGAUCAGUCACAGCUGCUGCUCUCUGUUCCAGAUCUCAUUCACAAAGACAAUCUGGACCCAAAGAAACUGGCCAGCUCAGAAACUAGAAUGGCUUCCACCCCAUGUCCUGGGAAAGGGGGCUGCCGCAUCAGCGUCACUGAGGGGGAAUUGUUGGGGAACGGCACAGCGGAUUACCGGACCCUCAGCUUGGAGAACGAAGAAUCCCACCCUGACCUGCUGUCAUUUGAAUAACAGGCUUGAAACCCUUAAGAUCAUUGAUUCUCCAGGCUUCAGCGAUGACAAAAAGUCAUUUAAACUGCUUUCAUUCUGCAUUUCAUAUUUUGCCUUUAAGUACCACUGAUUGUACUUAGUUAUUUCAUAGAUAUAAUUAUUCAAAUGAUAAAAAUCACUAUUGUUUUUUUUUUUGUUUUUUUAGGGUUUUUUUAAUCGUAGCACCAUAAUCAAUUUAAAAGAUUGUAUUUUAAAGUAUUUGUGGACCUGUAUUCAAAAUACCAUGAUGAAUCAGUUAACAGAAACCAAAGUCAAUACUACACUGCAAAAAAAGUUUCUUGGCUUUUUUCCAGUCAAAUAUUCCAGUAGAACUUCCAGAUAAAUUUACUUGAAGCAACACUACUGCAUAAGAUAUUAAGACUUGUUAUAUCAUAAAUAUUAGUGAAUUUUUGUAUUUCUUACUGCACUGGAAGAUUGUUUCACUCGUUUUAACUAUAAAAAGACUAAUAAUGAUACAAAAGAUUUCGGAUUCAUAUAAAUGAUGUUCUUAUGAACUUCAAAUCAAAGAAUCCUGAAACAAAUGUAUAUUAGAAUGAUAUCUGAAGGAUCAUGUGACACUGAAGACUGGAGUAAUGGCUGCUGAAAAUUCAGCUUUGCCAUCCUAGGAAUAAAUUACAUUUUAAAAUAUAUUAAAAUAGAAAAUAGUUAUUUUAAAUUGCAAUAAUAUUUCACAGUAUUACAGUUUUUACUGUGUUCAUGAGCAUAAGAGACUUCUUUAAAAAAAAUAAAAAAACUUAAAAUCUUACAGACCCCAAAUUUAUAUUGAAAACAAGUCUUCAUGUAGUUUUACAUUUUCUAUGUAAAGAGUAUGUACAUGUAUUUUGAUUGAAGGAUUUUUAGACUGGAAAAAUAGCCAGAAAUACUCAUUAAGAACAGAAUUUUUGCAGUGUUACUGUUAUACCUCCAAAGCUGUCUUUGCAGUUUCAUAAGUGGGCAGCAUUUCAUGUCUUAUAUGUGUUUGUUUGUUUCAUAUCAAUUCUACAUUCAUGGCUAGCUGACCACAUCUCUAAACUUCUGCUCAGUGUCAUAAUCAGUGGCAGUAUGAGUGAGCGCACAUGGCCUCUGGUCAGUCUAUAAAGCGUUAUGCUCCUAACGGCAGCAGUAUAUGCUGCUUCCAUGUAGUUUUUGACGCUAUGUGACCUCUAGAUCAAUUUUUACAGUCUGAUGGAGAAAGUCUAGGAUCCUACCAUUGUAAGCAGUGUCAUAGUGAUAAUAGUCAAGGUGAUGAUAGCUCGAGGAAUGUCAGUAAUGAGGCUCAGUCAACAUGAAGGUAUGCAGAAGGGUUCUGAUAUUCCCUGGAAUGCUAUAACUCAACACUAAUCUCGAUUCUCAUCCUCUUGUUUGUGUAGACAGCCUGACUCCCAUGACAUUCACUCAGGCCUGUUCUUUAUACCACACAGUGGCUUCUCUGGAGAGAUUUUGGGCUAUUCCGAUGCUAACAAUACCGCUAUUUACGCUCCUGUUAUUUAAAGAGAUAUACAGUCAUUCAGCAUAUAUGUAUAGAUGUACGGAGAUGUUGAUUGUAAGUCAAAGCUGGGAUGAAAUAGCUGAUAUGCAUUAAUGAAAAAUGACGUAAGAAAAGUUUUGAGCUGUCAUGUAUGUAUUGGCAAUAUAGCAUUAAUUAAUAUCUAUGAGCUUCCGUACCACGUUUUGGUUACACUACCUUUGUGAUACCAAUUAUGUAGUGAUGCAUAAUAAUUUAUAAUAGUGUGAACACUACAAUAAGAACUGAGAAUAAAGCAGUUGCAGCUGAUGAGUUAAUAUGGACCACUGAUACUGUGUUACUGGACCGUCAGAUAUGAAGUGUUUAUGAAAUGCCGGUGUAUGUGUGCUGGUGAGACUACAGCUGAAUGAAUGAAAGAAAAGCAUAUUUAUCUUAUUGUUUUUUUAUAUAUAUAGUUUAGAGUUGAGAAGAUGCUUGGUGGGAACUUAACGGAAUAGUUUACAUGAAAAUGAAAAUUGGAUGAAAUUCCACUCACCUUCAGGCCAUCCAAGAUGUAAAUGAGUUUAAUCGGAACAGUCCAAAGAGCUGAUUUAAAAACAUCAAAAUAUUUGUUUAGAAGUGGGUUGGACUGUUUUUGCAUGUAAACGGUGCUUGAUCUGUGCGUAUUUAUCACCUGAUUCAGACCAGACAGGGUUUUUUACUGGAGAAAGCAAUAUUAUAUGGAUAGAGGACUAUAUUAUGUGGGAUCCCCUAUUAGAGUGUUUUAGCCAGAAGUUAAAAACAUCUUAAUAGAUUUUCUUUCUUAUAAACACCUAGCUUUUUCACUUUUAAUCGAUGAACUGGAGUAGUGAAGAUCACUUGUGGAUUAUUGUGAUGUUUUUAUCAGCUGCUUAAACCCCUUUUCUGACGGCACCCAUUCACUUCAGAGGAUCCUUUGGUAAGCAAGUAACGUAAUGCUGAAUUUCUUUAAAUCGGUUACAAUAAAAAUCUUCAUCUUAGCCUGAGGACAAGUACGUUUUCAUCAAAUUUUAAUUUUUAGGUGAACUAUUCCUUUAACCUGACUGGAAUGUUAUUUCUUAUUUUUCUGUGAUGAUUAAUGUAUUUUAAUUUCAAUCAAAGUGGUCCCAUCAUUGUCACAGUUUGUUUGAAUGAAGAAAAAAGAAUGUUGAAGGAAAAACGCAUGUAUAUGAAGGUUUUACGAGUGCACUGAAAUGUAUUUUGAGAAGCUGGGUAUAUUAAAGUGAUUUCCCAUUGUGCUAACUGUCUAUUCGUGAUGAAGUUUGGGUCUGGGAGCCUUUAUUUUCAGUAAAUGGAUUUUAUGCAACUUAUUUUUCAUUCAAGGCAGUUUAUAGAGCUGAAUUUACAGGGUCUGCGCCACUGGAAUUAAAUAGCCUGCUUUAUGACAUAACAACAGUAAAGCAGGACUUGAUGAUUGCUGUGAGUGCUACAUGAGAUUGAACCUUAAAGUUUUGGUUUACCAGAGCUGAUUCCUAACCAUGAGGUUAUACCGUCACCCCAAAUCCAGACCAAACUGUCUGUAUGUUUCAAUCCACCCUGCCAACCAUGUUCAACUCAAGAAAUAUUUUAUAGAUUAAUGCACAUGGACACUUCGUAGCAUUUUCUGAUCACCACAAUAUCACGUGAUUUUAAAGCUGCAAAGUUACCAGUUUUUAACUAUCUUUUUAAUUAUUUUUUUAAAUCUAAUUUGCCUACUACUUCAGCUUACAAGCAAUGCACCUUUAUAUUUUCAAACACUUGAAAUGUUUCAUUUCAAAAUCUAUUAAUCCAAUAGCCUCAAAAUAUGAAAAAUUGAAUCUUAAGUUUAUACUGUAUUCUGGUGCUCUACACAGUUUUAUCUUCAAUUCAGCCUUUGCUGAACUCAAAAAAUGACUUGACAAGAAGCAAGCUGUUAGAAGUAAAUUCUGAUUUUACUUCUGAAUUUGGGACAGUGGGUGGGUCUUCAUCCUCUAUCCUGUCUCAGUGUUUAUUGUAGUCAUAUCCUGUUUUAUGGUUUCCUUUCCUAAAAUAGAACCUUGUGUUAUUUAUCACUGCCAGCCAGACAUUUUGUUUAGACUGACUACUUUAAGCGUAGCUUUUAGGGUAGGGUACUUUAAGGGUAGUUUUUAAUCCGAAGAAAAGAUUUUGUCAUAUGGGUAGAAUAAUGGAUGAAAGUGGAGUACUGAAAUCAGUUUUGGAGUUUAAUUAUUUGUCAGUCAGUAUAAUAAAUGGGGUUGGUGUGGAAUUGAACUCAUGAUCAUUGUUACAUCAGCCCACUUUGCUCAAAACAUUUCUCACCUGUUUCUGUGCAAUUCAAUCUGUUCAUCAUUGCAAUUGUUACUGGUGUUUUACACCGAAAUGUACUUGUGAUUCAGUACAUUAUUAAAUAAAUUGUGAUUAAGGCAAAUGA